AUGUUUGGAUUUAAUAAGGCAUCAUCAACACCUGCGGGUGGGCUUUUUAGCCAGAACAGUGGGGCCAGCAGUGGAAAUACGAAUACCGGAUUUUCCUUUGGUGGGAAUCAAGCUGGACAAAACACAACUCCAGGGGCAGGUGGGCUUUUUGGUGCAAAGCCUGUCGGUGCGAGUAUGCCUGGAACAACGGGUGGGUUAGGUGCGUCGUUUGGCCAACAGCAGCAACAACCACAGGCCAAUGCGUUUGGAGGCAGUAGCACUACAGGAGGCGGUCUCUUUGGUAGCAAACUUGGUAACACAACAAGUACCAAUGGCGGUUUAUUUGGUGCUGGUACGAAUAAUGCUGGCCAGGGUGCUAAUACCAAUGCCAGUGGUGGAUUGUUUGGCUCCAACGCAGCGCCCACAAGCGGAAGUUUAUUCGGUAAUAAUAACAAUUCAAGCAGUGCAAGCAGUGGCCUAUUCGGUUCUAAACCUGCCGGUAGUACUUCCUUGUUCGGGAAUACAAGCGCUUCCACGGCUCCUACACAAGGCCAAGGGCUUUUUGGAGCGAAACCAGCCGGUACAUCUCUAUUUGGUAACAACCCAGCUAACACAACCACAGGUGGAGGAUUGUUUGGUUCCAAACCUGCAGGAACAACCUCCUUGUUUGGCUCGUCAAAUAACAACAACAUGGGUACAUCAGGAGGACUGUUCGGAAAUCAGCAGCAACCACAACAGCAAGCGCAGUCCGCGUUGCAGAGUCUUUCCCAGCUCCCCAUCACCCCAAUGACCCGAAUUUCUGAGCUACCACCCCAAAUUCGUCAAGAAAUUGAGCAAUUAGACCAAUAUAUUCAAAAGCAAGUACAGAUCUCACACCACUUGAAGGCUGAUACAAAUGAUCAUGACGAAUUGAUAGAUUCCAUUCCCCGUGAUGUAGCGUACUUACUAAAAUCCGAAUCGGCUACAAGUCAAUAUUUAAAGCAAGAUUUGAAGAAAAUCUCUUCAUUUAAGUCCCUAAUUGAUGAAGACCUACUCGACACGCAAACUUUUUCUGUGCUUUUACAACAACUAUUAACCCCGGGAAGCAAAAUUUCCUCUAAUGAACUAGAUAAGUUUUUCCAAAAGAAAGUUCAGCUUUAUGAGAAAAAAUUAGAUGAUUACUCCCGCAUUCUUUCAGACAUAGAAACCGCGGUCAAUGGCAUCGACACCGACUUAUUUGGCGUACCAAACAAUGGCAAUGCCACCGCUAUGACAGGAGACAUAACCUCGUGCGAAGCAGAAAAUUUGCUGCAGUUGAAAACAGGUUUAGGUGCCAUAGUGUCUACCGUGAUAGAAGAAUUCACCCUGUUUAUGGAUAUCGCUGAGAGAAUUGCCGUGCUACAUCAAAAAACAAAAACACUGGCAUCAGCGGCCAUAUGA